AUGGACCACCGGCCCGCCCCCGAGUACGCACAGUCAGGUUCGCACCCAACACCGCCCGUCGACCACAACCACCACGCCCCUUCUGAACAUUCGGCCGCAGAUUCUGCUGCUGCCAGUGCUCAUCAAUCCUACACCCCACAACCGGAGGUCCGCCACGCGCAGUACACGCCGCAGCCUGAGGUGCGAUCCGCCAAUAUUUCGUCCUCCAACACUCCCCAACCAGACUACGGUCUGAAUCCACCGCCGCCACCCGCGCGCUCGCCCGCCUACCAGGACUACCUCGCUCGCCCGCAGUACCACCACGCGCCCAACUCCCAGCCCGGUGGUGCUCCCGGUAUGGCUCAAGCAACAAGUCCGUUCAUGUCCACCAUGCCUGCGGGCCUGCGCAGUCCCUCGAAUGACAAGUCUGACGGCGCUGCUCCCAUAGAUCCCUCGAUUGCGGCCUCCAGCCCCAACGCCUACCCUCCCCCCUACUCUCCCUAUCAGCCGCAGGGACAUGAAAUGCAGUAUCAGGGCCACCCGCCCCCUCCCCAUCAGAUGUACGCGCGCCCGGACUGGCCGCAUGGUUAUGGACAGCACCAGCACGGCAUGCCGGGCCCAUACGCCUCUCCUGCUACAACGGUUGGUUCCGCCUCCCCUACUGCAACCACAGGGCGCGGCCCUGGUCAGGUCUACUCCUUCGUUCCCAUCCCUGGUGCGCAACAGCACAAGCGGCCCCGUCGUCGCUAUGAGGAGAUUGAGCGCAUGUACAAGUGCGGCUGGAAUGGCUGUGAGAAGGCGUACGGUACUCUCAACCACCUGAACGCGCACGUCACGAUGCAGUCGCACGGCGCCAAGCGCACUCCAGAAGAAUUCAAGGAGAUCCGCAAGGAGUGGAAGGCCCGGAAGAAGGAGGAAGAGGCCCAGCGCAAGGCAGCCGAGGAGCGUGAGCGUGCCGCUGCCCAGGCUGCGCAGGCCAACCAGGUCGACGGUCCCAACCCGUCGGACCCCUCUCAGGGUGGCCCGCCGCCCAGCUACGGCGGUGGUGUGCGGCCCCAGCUUCCCCCCAUCGGAUACCAGCCGGCCGGUGAACCUGUCCCGAGUCAGUACGGUCCUGGCCCGGGUGGAAUGGUCUACCAGGGCAAUGGACAGAUGCCCUAUCCCCCCAACUACCCUCACUCCCCCUACCAGAGCGGUCCCGUGUACCAGCAACGUGAGUAA